CUUAUUUUGACGUUCAAUUAUCACUGUAGCCGAGAUGUUGUCUUCCCGCGGUACAUCAAGAGCAGAAAUGCUCGAUAUCCCAUGGCGCUAUGCGGCUCCUCACACAUACGACAAGGAAACAAACCCCACAGGGACCAUUUCCUUUGGAAUGGCAGAGCAUGGCCCAAUGCGGACCGAAAUCGCCAACUACAUCAACCAAAAGGUAACAUUCACCCCAGACUCAGUAGGCUACCGCCCCUCACCCCCCUCCUCAACCCGCCUCCCAGCAGCCCUCUCAACCCACCUCAAUGAAAUCCUCCACCCGCAUCCCUCCAACACCCCCCUCACCCCAGAAACCAUCUUCGUGGCUAGCUCCGCGACGGCCCUAGACCACAUGCUGGGCUUUUCAAUCGCUGAGCCCGGAGACGGCAUUCUGGUUAGUCGGCCGGUGUACGGCCGGUUCGAGCUGGAUUAUGGUGUUGAGGCGGGUGUGGAGAUGGUGUAUGCGGAUAAUGAUAUUGAGGAGGGGUUUGAGCCUGGGGUUGUUGGGGAGUUUGAGAGUGCGUUGAAGGCGGCUGGGGAGAGGGGGGUUAGGAUUAGGGGGGUUUUGAUUGUGAAUCCGCAUAAUCCUGUUGGACGCUGCUACCCAGCUGAGACUUUGACGGAAAUAGUCAAGUUCUGCAGUCGACACCAGUUGCAUCUUAUCGGCGAUGAGGUUUAUGCUUCUUGUAUUUUUGACUCGGGGGAUCCGGAUGCUGUUCCGUUUACUUCGGUCCUGUCGUUGGAUCUCCCGGCGCUGAUUGACCCUAACCUUGUACAUUUGUUGUACGGAUUUAGCAAGGACUUUGCAUCUGGUGGUCUCCGUCUCGGAUUCCUGAUUUCCCAGAACGAGGAGCUUCGUCGUGCCUGUCAGGCUAUUCUACGCCUACACAGCACCUCCACCGCGGCCGUAACAAUCGGCGCAACAAUCCUCGAAGACAGAGAAUUCGUCUCCAAUUUCUUCACCAAAUCCAGCCACCAUCUCGCCUCGACAUACAAGAUCACCACCUCGACUCUGGAAAAGGAGAGUAUCAAUUAUAUCAAGGGAGGAAACGCGGGUUUCUUCAUCUACAUAGACCUCUCCCCGUAUCUUGCCCUCCUCCCUGACAGCAGCACCAACGGUAUCAACGGCGCUUCAAAAGCAGAACCAGACGUAGGAGCAGGAGCAGGAUCAACCCGCGAAUUCUCCCUAGCGCAGAAAUUCCUCGAUGCAGGCGUAUUCCUACAUCCCGGGGAAGAACACGGUAAGAAGCCAGGAUGGUUCCGGUUGGUGUUCUCUCACGAGGAAGAAGUUCUGGAGGAGGGGUUGAGGAGGUUCGUUGGUGUGUUGAGAUCUUUGCGUGAGGAGUAGGCUUGGCUUGUAUUAUGUAUAUAUAGGUGUUAGUAAUGCGUCAUUAUUUCGAGUAGUUAACCGACCCCUCCGCGUAAGUCUCCGGGAUCUCGGUUACAUACUUGAAGUUGUGUUCCCUCGUGUAUUCCCCCGC